UUACGUCCUCGAACUACUGCUUACCGGCAGCGUUUAGUUUGUUUAAAAGCUUGAUGGAAUUUUAACUAGCUACCAUGUUGCCUCCUCUAUUAAUUCACUACCGCUUGCUGAUAUAGUCAGUAGUAGUCCUCGCCCUUGAAGAAAUACUUGUUUUGGUUUAGUUUAGUCGCAUAGUGUCAAAUUCUAUCACUGCCUUGGCGACAAUUAAUGCACGUCCACAACGGCCUUCAGAAUUAAAUGAGUAGUAGUUAAUGGUAUUUGCAUGUACUGCAGUUUUUAGAGGGACCCGUGGAGUCGAGGCAUGGAUCCCAACCGGAUAAUUCAGGCUCUGAGAGGAACCAUCGAUCCUAACCUCAGAAGAGCGGCCGAAGAUGAACUCAAUCAGUCCUACAAAAUCAUCAACUUUGCACCAACUCUACUUCAGAUCAUUAUAUCAGAGCAGGUGGAGUUUCCAGUUCGACAGGCAGCGGCUAUCUAUCUGAAGAACAUGAUUGGCCAGUAUUGGCAGGACAGAGAGCCGUCUCUGGGAAAAGUGGUGUUCCCCUUCAAUAUUCAUGAAAAUGACCGCCAGCAGAUCAGAAACCACAUUGUGGAGGGUGUCAUCCGCUGUCCUGAGACCAUACGCGCCCAGCUGACAAUGUGUCUUCGGACUAUCAUCAAACAUGACUUCCCAGGACGUUGGACUGCCAUAGUGGACAAGUUGAGCUUGUACUUGCAGUCUAACAACAGCGGCAGCUGGUAUGGCAGCCUGCUGGCUCUCUACCAACUUGUCAAAACCUACGAGUACCGGAAGGCAGAUGAGAGGGAGCCCUUGCUUGCAGCCAUGCAAAUCUUUCUGCCCAGGAUUCAGCAACUCAUCAUCCAGCUGCUUACCGAUGCCACAAUCUUCUCUGUCCUCAUUCAAAAACAAAUCCUUAAAAUCUUCCAUUCUCUCAUACAGUACUCGCUGCCUCUCCAGCUGAUCAACAAUUCAGUGAUGACUCAAUGGAUGGAAAUCUUUCGAGCCGUAAUGGACCGUGGCGUCCCUUCUGAGACUUUGGAGGUGGAUGAAGAUGACCGUCCUGAGUUAGCAUGGUGGAAGUGUAAAAAAUGGGCACUGCGUGUCAUUACGAGACUGUUCAAGCGAUAUGGGAGCCCAGGCAAUGUGACAAAAGAGUACUUUGAGUUUGCAGAUUUCUUCUUGAAGACCUAUGCAGUGGGCUUACAGCAAGUCUUGUUGAAGGUAGUGGAUCAAUACAGGCAGAAGGAGUAUGUUACUCCUCGUGUUCUCCAGCAGUGUCUCAACUACCUCAACCAGGGACUUUCUCAUUCUCUGACGUGGAAACAGAUAAAGCCUCACAUGCAGACGAUUUGUCAGGAAGUGAUCUUCCCUCUCAUGUGUUACAAAGAUGAGGACGAGAGGCUGUGGCAGGAAGACCCGUUUGAAUACAUCCGCAUGAAGUUUUACCUCUAUGAUGAUCAUGCCUUUCCAGCCACUGCUGCACAGAGCCUUUUGUGCAAUGCUGCACGAAAGAGGAAGGAGGUUCUGCCUCAAAUGAUGGAGUUCUGCCAUCAGAUACUUAUAGAUCCCAUGUCUGACUCCCGAAGGAAAGAUGGAGCACUGCACUGCAUUGGAGCGCUAGCUGAGCUACUACUGAAGAAGCGGAUUUACAUGGAGCAGAUGGAGUUGAUGCUGCAAAACUACGUCUUCCCUUUGCUCAACUCUCGAUUGGGUUACUUGCGAGCCAGGUCAUGCUGGGUCCUCCACUGCUUCAGUCAGCUGAGUUUCCAUAAUGUGAUGGCGUUGAGGAAUGCCGUGGAGUUGGUCAAGAAGGACCUGGUUGAUGACAAUGAAAUGCCAGUCAAGGUGGAGGCAGCCAUUGCUUUACAAAUGUUGAUCACCCAUCAGGAAGAGGCAAAGCUGUACAUCAGGCCGCACAUUCGACCUGUCAUGCAACAGCUGCUCCAUGUGGUCAAAGAGACAGAGAAUGAUGAUUUGACAAAUGUCAUUCAGAAGAUGAUCUGCGAGUACAACGAAGAGGUUGCGGCAAUUGCUGUCGACAUGACACAGAACCUGGCAGAGAUCUUUACCAGGGUUCUUCAGAGUGAGGAGUACGAGGAGAAUGAGGACAAGACAGUCAUGGCCCUUGGCAUCCUCAGCACCAUCGACACCAUUCUCACGGUCAUGGAGGACCACAAGGAGAUCACUCAACAGCUGGAGGAUAUUUGUUUGCAGGUGAUUGGCCUGGUCUUGCAGAAACCUAUCAUAGGUAUGCCAGAAUUUUAUGAGGAGAUCCUGUCUCUGGCAUUUGGACUUACAUGCCAGGCCAUCUCCCCCCAGAUGUGGCAGCUGCUGAGCGUCCUGUAUGAGGUCUUUCAGCAUGACUGCUUUGACUACUUCACUGAUAUGAUGCCACUUUUGCAUAACUACGUCACUGUGGAUACAGAUGUCUUCAUCGCCAACCCCAAGAACUUGGAGAUCAUCUACAGCAUGUGCAAAAAGGUGCUGACCACAGAUUCAGGUGAGGAAGCAGAGUGUCACGCUGCCAAACUGUUGGAGGUGAUGAUACUGCAGUGCAAAGGCAGAGGGAUUGACCAGUGUAUCCCUCUGUUCGUGGAGGCAGUGCUGGAGCGUUUGACGCGCGGCGUCAAGUCCAACAAGCUUAGGAUCACGUGCCUGGAGGUGGCCAUCGCUGCUCUUUACUACAGCCCAGCCCUUCUCAUGCACACUUUGGACAACACACACUUCUCCCAGAACCCACAGACCAUCACUGCCCACUUCAUCAACCAGUGGAUGAAUGACACAGAAUUCUUCCUUGGGCUCCAUGACCGUAAGAUGUGCAUCAUUGGCCUGACUGUGCUGAUGGAGCUUCCGAGCCGUCCAGCGGCGCUGGAGAGCGUCGCCAGUCAAAUCCUCCCUUCUGUGCUGCUCCUCUUCCUGGGCCUCAAGCACCUCUCCGCUUCCCAUAACAUCAACAAACCUGACCUGCUGGCCAACGCAAGGGCUUUGGAUGAAGAUCAAAAUGAGGAGAUUCCCACUGAUGAGGAUGAAGUGAAUGAGAAAUGUAGUAUUAUGCAACAGCAGUCCAGCGUGCCAAUGGGCCUGGGAGAUGAGAGCAACGAUGAAGAUGACUACUGGGAUGAUGAUGAUGAUGAUGAUGAUAGCUUUGAAGGAACGCCUCUGGAAGAGUACAGCACACCCCUUGACUAUGACAACGGAGAAGAUGAGUAUCAGUUCUUUGCAUCUGCCCUGCUCAGGGUGCAGAAUUCAGAUACGGCUUGGUACCAGUGUUUGACGGCACCCCUCAGUGACGAUCAGAAAGCACAGCUGCAGGAGAUUUACAGCGUCUCGCAGCAGAGGAGGAGCACUGCCACCAAGGGCCAGUGAGUGCCGAGGAGGGACUGAGGAUUCUAAAGAGGAGGAUUCGGAGGCUGAUUUGACCUGACCUGAUCUGAAUGCUUUGCAAUUUCAGGCAACUUUAGCUCAGCAUUCUGUCAGGUUGGCUUUUCUGUCAUUUGGGACAUUGUGCAAUUCAUAUUGUCCCUACUAUAAUAUCCAACUGGGCAUACUGUAUUUAUAUUCCCUUGACAUUUAAAAAAUAAAUAAAUAAAUAAAAAUUUUAAAAAAGUAAUAAUGAUCAUUCUUACUGUUAGUAAACUGCAGUGUGUUCCUGUGUGUAGUUAUCAAAGAAUAAAACAAACACAAAUGUGUUUGCAUGUAAUAUAAUCUCCUAUCGCUGUAGCAAAGGAUUUCUGUCAUCGGACGGAAUUUAGUUGUAAAGAUUUUUGUCAGGGUAUUGUGUGUAGAAACUGCAGAAUUGACAAAUUACUGUUUGAUAUAUCGUCUGCAAUCUCUGUACCCUGGCAAUGGUGUCACAAAUAAGAAAUGAAAGCUUGGCUUGGAUUUUCUUGUGUGCGCUGAAAGGUUUUACUGAAACCAUUUUUUUAGAAUCAUAAAAAAAAAAAAAAAAAAAACGAAUUCUCACUGUCUUGUUUUGUUGUUCAAUUUUUAA